AAUCUGAAGGGGAACUGUGCGUGUGCCAAAAGGGGGCGCGCGUCUCGGGGCUGUUCUUACGGGAAGCGCGAGGAGCCCGCGGUGUUACAAACACAGCAGGUUAUUUUGUUUUAAAUCUACAAAAUCCUCGAGUUCAUUAAGUGAGUUACGUGCUUACACUUCGGUUGUUACUCUCCAGUCCGCAGCGACAGAGAACGCUGACUGACUAAAGGCACUUUUUCGAGUGGGAAUGAUACAUAUAUGAAAAGAGCUGAGAUCCAGUCAUGGCACAAAGUCAAAGUGGGUACACUGCUUUUGGAAACCCUCCUCUUGUCUCCGGCGUGGAUCAGCCUCCAUCGUAUGAUGCGGGUAUUCCUCACGGAGCUCUGGAUGCUGGCGUUCCCGUCGUUGUACCCGUCGGACCACCAUACCCUCCGCCCACUGCUUUUGGGAAUCCCAUGUCCGGACAGGGAGGCUCUGGAUAUCCACCGCAACCAUAUCCUCAAACAGCACCGCAUAUGACAGAUUCGUAUAGUAGCGGACCAUACGGACAACCACUUCCAUAUGAAGUGGCGAUGGUUGAGCCGGGACAGAGCGAUCCUCCUCCAGACUAUGAGAACGAGGAGUUCGAAGGCCCCGGACUCGACGAUAAAGCCGUCAGAAGAAUGUUCAUCCGGAAGGUUUUUUCUGUCUUGAGUCUUCAGUUGGCCAUCACCGUUGGCUUCGUGGCCUUGUUCACUUUUGAGCGUAAUGUCAAGCUGUUCGUGAAGCGGAAUGUUUGGACAUACUGGGUGGGCUACGUAAUAUUCCUGGUGCCCUACCUAGUGAUCCUGUGCUGCGGAGAGUUUCGCAGGAAGCAUCCGUGGAACCUCAUUUGUCUGAGUAUCCUGACGCUGGCGAUGUCCUACAUGGUGGGUGUGGUCUCCAGCUUCUACGACACUGAUAUCGUGAUAAUGGCCCUUGGCAUCACUGUGCUGGUCUGCUUCACGGUCAUCGUCUUCUCUCUGCAGACAAAAUAUGACUUCACUUCCUGUUAUGGUGUGCUGUUCGUCUGCUUUGUCGUCAUGCUGUUCUUUGGGAUCCUUUGCAUGUUCCUGUACAACAGGAUUCUGGACCUCAUCUACUCGGCGAUGGGCGCACUGAUGUUCACCUGUUUCUUGGCCGUGGACACGCAGAUGCUUCUCGGGAACAAGACUCUGUCCCUAAAUCCCGAGGAAUAUGUCUACGCUGCACUCACCCUAUAUAUGGAUAUCAUUCAAAUAUUGUUAUACCUUCUGCGGCUCUUGGGAAGAAGCCGUGGUUAAAUAUGCACCGCUGGAGGAAGAAAUGUAUGCGACUGGUUACAGAUUUUUAUGCAUUCUGUUUUUCUUUUAAGAAGGGAAUAAAGACAUUUUAUCAACAAA